UCGGCUGAGGGAGGAGGAGGAGGAAGAGGAGGGAAGGAGGAGCCGCCGCCGCUGCCCCGGGCCGGCGCCGGGGAUGGUGUUGGCCGCGGCUGCCGGGCCCUGACGCCUCGCUCAGGUGGCAGCAGCAGUGAUGCUAACUCUGGCAAGCAAGCUGAAGCGGGAUGACGGCGUCAGAGGCCCCCGAGCGCCCAGCGCAGCGUCCGACUCCACUCGCAGGGUGUCUGUGCGGGACAAGCUGCUCGUUAAAGAGGUUGCAGACCUUGAAGCUAAUUUACCUUGUACAUGUAAAGUGAAUUUUCCUGACCCAAACAAGCUCCAUUACUUUCAGCUAACUGUAACCCCAGAUGAGGGCUAUUACCAAGGAGGAAAGUUUCAGUUUGAAACUGAAGUUCCUGAUGCCUACAACAUGGUGCCUCCAAAGGUAAAAUGUUUGACAAGAAUCUGGCACCCAAACAUUACAGAGACAGGAGAAAUCUGCCUAAGUUUAUUGAGAGAACACUCAAUUGAUGGCACUGGCUGGGCCCCAACUAGAACCUUAAAGGAUAUUGUCUGGGGGUUAAACUCUUUAUUUACUGAUCUUUUGAAUUUUGACGAUCCUUUGAAUAUUGAGGCUGCAGAGCAUCAUUUGCGUGACAAGGAGGACUUUCGGAAUAAAGUGGAAGAUUACAUUAAGCGCUACGCCAGAUGAUGAAGGGAUGGAUGGAUGGCAGGACCACGGCUCCAGAGCUGUCCUUAACCUCAGCAGCAGCCAAAGCAGCCUGGCUUGUACCAGUCCUGUGUCCAUGUUGUUCUGAAGAAGAAAACUAACUUCAUAACCUGUCCAUGUUCAAAGGAGAGAGUUCAGCAUAAAUACAGCAAGAAAUUGUGUCUGUUGGUUGAAAAAGUUGUCUGCUUCCUUUUACAAAUGUUUACUCUUCUGAACUGUACUGUAUAUCCUGUUGAUGAGGUAUGCUUGAGAAGUUAAAAGAAGUCACUAUUGAAAUUGUAAUUACACUUUUUUUUUUAAACUCUUGCCUAAUCUAGAGGGGGGGGGAAGGAAAAAAGCAAACCCAAACAGCCCAAGCAGAAAAGGUGGUGUGUUUUUGGAACACUUCGAGUUGGCAAUAAAUGGUCUCCUGUGAACCAAAUCACUAAACUGUUGCCUUUGAUGAGCAGAAAAAACAAAAUGAGCUUUUUCUCAGAAUCACUCAGCUGAGGCUUAGAGCUUGCCAGAGUGGAAGUGCAAAAUGAGAUUCUGCUUCUGGUAUUGAAGUUCUCAAUGCUGUUUAAUGUAAGUAUGUUUUUGUCACAGUUUGGAAUUUUUACUUUGUUAAUUUCAGGCCCUGUUUGGGCUACAGGUUUAUUGGUUUUUUGUUUCUACUCAUUGUGUGAAGUAGUUAAAAGAAAUACAGGCUAAUAUGUAACUUAAGUACAUGUUUAGUAUUAGUAAAAUUAUAUAUAUAAAUAUAUAAAAAUAUAUAUAUAUUA